UCCCCUGUGUGUGUUUACCAAAUCACCACCAUGCCUUGCAUAUUGCUGAACCUCUGUGAAUAUGACACACAAAAACUCGUCAAAAUCAAGAGCGUCAGACUUGGGUCGCUGAAAUGGACCUUAAACGUAGUGAUCUUGAUGUUCAUUUGUAUCAUGAUGUUAUGGAAUAAGGAAUACCAAGAGUAUGAUCUAGUAGUCAGUUCUGUCACCACAAAGGUUAAGGGAGUGGCAGAGAUAUCUAUACCAGACAUUGGAGAAGUCGUGUGGGAUGUGGUGGACUACAGUGGACUAUCGCAGGGAAAAAACUCAUUUUUUGUCGCGACAAAUGUCAUAGUCACAAAGAACCAAAAACAAGGUAAUUGCCCAGAGGUCCCACCACAUGGAAAGCUGUGUCGAACAGACAAAGACUGCGAGAAAGGGUUGUCUGACCAACAUAACCAUGGUGUUCAAACAGGUGUUUGUGUGAAGUUGGACAUAGUGAGGAAAACAUGUGAAGUUAGGACUUGGUGCCCCAUUGAGAACAAGAAGAAUCCCAGACCUGCUAUUUUAGCAUCUGCAGAAAAUUUCACUGUGAUGAUCAAGAAUAACAUCAGAUUUCCAGCCUUUAAUUACAUAAGAAGAAACAUCCUCCCUGAAAUGAAGGACACUGACCUUAAAGGUUGCAUCUAUAACCGCUAUAAAAAUCCAUACUGCCCCAUUUUUCGUUUGGGAGACAUUGUGAGUGAGGCCAAGGAGAACUUUACAGAGAUGGCAGUGGAGGGUGGUGUAAUUGGGAUCCAGAUCAACUGGGACUGUGACCUGAACCGCAUUUUUCACAACUGUCUGCCCAAAUACUCGUUCCGUCGCUUGGACGAAAAAGAAAGCAACCGAACCGUGUACCCUGGGCUCAACUUCAGGUUUGCGAGAUACUCUACAGUGAAUGGUGUGGAGCAGAGAACACUCUUUAAAAUGUAUGGCAUUAGGUUUGAUGUGAUGGUGUUUGGGAAGGCUGGAAAAUUCAGCAUCAUUCAGCUAAUCAUCUACAUUGGAUCCACGCUCUCGUAUUAUGCUCUCACAACAAUAUUCCUGGACUGGCUUAUUGGUACCGGCUGUUAUUCCAAAGAGGCAAAGCAGACCUACACUGAGAGGAAGUUUGAGGCCAUUCAGGAUCGAGAAGAGUGCUUCCUUUGUGUGUCAUUUGUGGAUGAGGACAAGUUGAGGGUGGUGAAAAAAUCCAGAAAGAAAAGACUACAAGAGACGAAACCCCUUUCCUUACACCAGCGCAAAAAUGAUUUGGCGAGCAUGAAGACUCUGAUGAGUGUUCUGCAGUGUGACCAAAGCAGAAGCGAGCCAGUACAAAAUGGCCAGGGUGGUGGACUUAUGGUAGACGAAAACCUUCCCAGAAGGCACAGCAGCGGACAGGGCACAGAUACACCAUUACUGGAGAUGUCACAGUCUGGGUGUCCGGCCUGGUGUCAGUGUGGCUGCUGCCGGCCUUCAGACAUCCUGCAGGAGCAGCUGUGCUGUCGAUCAGGAAAAGGGCGCUGCAUAACCUCCUCCCCGCUCUUUUCAACACUGGUUGUCAGUCGCUCCGUCCUGGAGACCGCGUUGUUCUAUGUGGAUCCCCUAGCAGAGCUGCAAGAGGAGGCUCUGCGCCAUGGGGCCUAUGCUCAAUUCAUUAGAUGGCGGUUUGGUGACAGCACACCCAGAGAUGCUAUUCCAGUAAUACCCAGUUGCUGCAUAUGGAGGAUAAGAGCGGCAUACCCAACCCCUGAUGGGAAAUACAGUGGCCUUAGACUUUAUCCGGCCGUACCAUCUCAGCCAGAAUUCAACAGAUAACAGACUUUAUUUGUUUUAUUAGAUGUUCAAUCAGAAUGACAAUGUCUUAUGAUUAUGCAUAAAAGGGAAUGAUACUAACUACAAUCAGUAAAACAGAAUAUGAUGGGUCAUUUUUAAAAAUUUUAACCUGCAAAGCAAACAAUGUAUCAUAUUAAUCACAAAAACAUGAUCAUGUCAUUAAGUUUUUACUAACACAGAUGCCUUUGAAGUAAAAUAAAAAUAAUAAUAUUAAUGAAUCCAGAGGUCAAGAAUGUUCAACCAAACUGGUUUACUAAUGACACUGAUACACUCAUAAACCGUAAAUAAGUAUGUUAUGUAUUAAUCAAAUGUGAUGGAUAAAAUUGAGUAAACAAUACUGUUCAAAA